UUAUUAUGACAACGCUCGUACUGGAGGGGUAAAAAUCAAUAGCGAAGGUGUGUGUAUGUGUGUAUAUUGGGAAAUUUCUCAAUCGUUUGUAAAUUUUUGUUUGUACAUAUUGUGAUCACCCAGAGUUAAUAAACAGUAUAUAUACAACCAUGAGUCGUUUUGGCCCAAGCAACCCUAUUACCCCAAAUUACAUGUUGGGAUCAUCCAGCCAGAUGACACACCUUAGAAACAAACGAGUAGUUGACGGUCUUCCCCACGUGUGCGCAGACGGACACAGUCACGCCACUGAAUCAGAGGUCGUCGCGUGCAUUGAGGCUCACAAGGUGUAUGUCUGCUCGAGUAACCACAUGCACACGGAAAAAUCACAGGCUGAUAACUGCGACCAGCUGAAACGGGAGGAACAACAAUUAAAAGACAAAGAGCUGGAGAGAAAGCACGAACGCGAGAUGAUGGACAAACAAAUCAAGAUGGCUGAUAAUCUUAGGGCAAUGGGCUGGAAUUUUCAAAGAAAUGGUAUGCCUACGCUACAGUGGAAACAAUGACAGAACUUUAAUAAAAAAUA